CCCGUGUCCGCGGUACUCAUUAAGCACUUAACUACUUAUAUAGAAUGAAUUUACAAAAUUAUCCUCGCAUAAUCUGAAAAUAGUCAAAAGACCCCAGACCUGACCUUUACAAUCUCCUCCGCCCCAACCGCUGCAUUCACUACUCUAAAUCUCCGAUUCUCUUCUUCUCAUCCUCGCCACCGGCCCACCGCCUGCCGCCGUCACGCCGCACACUAACCCUUAUCUCUGUCUCUGCUGUUCCACCCGUUUGCCGCUGUCCUCUGCUUUUCUUGUCGUCCGAUCCGUGCUGCCAUCUUCCACUUGUCCCGCCGUCCUGUUCCUCGCCUCCGUUCUCUCACCUGCUGUUUUCGCCGCUGAGUGGCUUUUCAGCCUCUUGGCUUUGGAUUUGGAUUUUGAAUGGUUAUUCUCAAAAUAUUAGACACCACUGAUAGAAGAUAACGCAAGGACAUAAGAGUUGUUAGUAAAAUGGUUUCCUUUGAGAUGAACGAUCGCAAAAAGAUCGGGUUAGGGUUAACUGGAUUUGGUAUAUUUUUCUCAUUCCUUGGGAUUAUCUUCUUCUUCGACAAGGGAUUACUAGCUAUGGGAAAUAUCCUGUUUAUUUCUGGAGUGUCCUUAACCAUUGGUGUGAAAUCCACUAUGCAAUUCUUCACGAAACGAAGUAAUUUCAAGGGAUCAAUCUCGUUUGGCAUUGGAUUCUUGAUUCUCAUCAUGGGAUGGCCUAUUUUGGGCAUGAUCAUUGAGGCUUAUGGAUUCAUAGUACUAUUCAGUGGUUUCUGGCCCACACUGGCUGUUUUCUUACAGAAGAUUCCAAUUCUUGGUUGGUUGUUUCAACAGCCAUAUGUCCGAUCGUUGUUGGAACGUUAUAGAGGCCGGCGAGUACCCGUGUAAGAGAGGAGGAAUCGGCGGAAACAUUUUGUAGCUGCUAGCAAGCAAGCACGUUUAUCAGUGUAUGUAAAGAAAAUACCAGCUUAUGGGAGAUACCUGACUGUGAAUUCAGAGUUGGCACUCUGAUGCUAGCAAAUGAUUGUCACUUUUAACACGAUAGUCAUGUAUGUAGUGACAUGAUAGUCAUGUAUGUAGUGCAAAGAGUUCAUUGAUUAUGCGUCGAAUUAAUCAAUUACGCAAUCUUUGUUCAAAGGAUAAGAAUGAUCAUUUCUUAUUUGGGUCAGUGUAUGUCACAGUGCCUUCCAACAACACACUGCUAUAAAAUGAAAAUUUGACGAGUUGCAUGUGUUAA